AAGUUUCUAUACGAAAACGUUUUAAUUCUUUCCAAAUUGACAAACUGGCAUCCCACAACAAAGUGUUGCAAAACAACGGACGGACCCAGCUGAUCCGCCUAUCGCCAAAAUGUUGUUAUUAAAUAAGCUGCCCAGGAUAACGCAGCUUUUCGCCAGGGAUCCCAAGGAUCAGCGAGGUAUCUGGGGCUAUGUGGCUGUCGCCUUCAACCAGGUGGACGCGGAACGGCUAUCAAAAGUGGGUGCCAACCGCCUGUGCGCCGAGUGGAUUAUUAAAAACGGAGGCGGAGUGCGCUUUGUGGAGGCUCCCUCCAGGCUGUGGAAGGAUUACAACUCGUUGCCUGGAGAAAACACACAGUUCUGCAUAAAAGUGGUGGACGCGUCCAAUUCGUCAAUCAUGAAAAUAGGACUCGAACACUUGAAGAACUGCAAAAGCAUCGACACAGUCAUCUUCCACAAUUGCAAGCACUUGGAGAACGACGGUUUGGAGGGACUGCAUCACAUUAGCAGUUCUCUGCAGCGACUUCAGGUCUCCGGUUGUUACAACAUCACAGAUUCCGGUCUUGCUGUGAUCGGGGAGCUCAAGAAUCUGCGACAACUGCUCAUAUUCGACAUGAUUUUCGUGAAGAACAUGGAGGCCGUAGCAGCCAGUCUGAAGAAACAGCUUCCCAACUGCGAUAUCAAGGCUACCAAAAUGGGCCUUACUUUGAAGACCAAAGAGUAAUCCCAAGCAGAUUAUAAACUUAUUGGUUUGGUCCAAUGUUGUCAAUAAAACCUUUUGCAGUGUUGAGAAAGGCUCAGAAACUAA